CUCUGUCCUCUCACAAAAAACUCACGCCUGAAUAGCUACAGUGCCGUCUGCGCAUCCAGUGAGCAGACUGCUGUGCAAUGCGUGAACGAAUCCAAUAUGACAUAUAUCAAUACCUAUUGGAGCAACUUCGUCAACAUUUAAUAUCUCAUGCAAAGUUACUGAUUUAGCAACAGAGAUCGAAACAUUUAGCCGCGUGACGUAUGUGUUUUCUUUUAGAAGGGCAAGACACAUUUUACCUCAGGUGCGACGCUGAAACCAUGCAUAUUAAUGAUUCACGCGUCAACUUUUCAAUUAUGUCAACCUGUUCUUACGAGCCGAAGAACUGGGCGUGCUGAGCAGAUUAAAGCUGUCCUACAAGCCUGCAUUUAUUUUGGACACUGCAAAGAGAAACUAGUGCUACUUGACAGUUACUGGUUUUGCAGGAGAAGACGCAUGCUGAACAUUAGGAUGAGUCCGACAACAUUUGUAUUUGUUCUGGUUGUGAAUGUUGGCGUCACCAAAGCUCUUGAAUGCAGCGCGGGGUGUAAUCCUGAAAACGGCUACUGUGAAAAGCCAGGGGAAUGCAGAUGCAGACCAGGCUGGCGCGGAGUCGCCUGCGGGCAGUGCGUGCUCUACCCGGGCUGCCUGCAUGGCACCUGUGAGAAGGCAUGGCAGUGCAUCUGCGAAGAGGGCUGGACAGGGAGCCUGUGUGACCAAGACGCCAACCGAUGCUCAUCUCAGCCGUGUGCUGAAAACUCCACCUGCAUCCAGACUGACCAGGGAGGAUUCCUCUGCUUCUGUCCUCCUGGUUACACAGGAGACAGCUGCCAGCUGAGAAAGGGACCGUGUCAAGCGAACGGCUCUCCCUGCCAAAAUGGAGGCACAUGUGACGACGCCAGCGGUUUGGCGGCCUACCCCUCCUGCGCCUGUCCUCUUGGAUAUGCUGGAGACUUCUGCGAGAUCGACACGGACAGCUGCGACCCGGACCCCUGCGCCAAUGGAGGGCAAUGCCGCGACCACGGCCCGACGUUUACCUGCGCCUGCCCUGCUGGCUUCACCGGCCUCACCUGCAACAGCACCGACGGGGAAACCCUCUCGCCCUGCAGCGGCAGCCCGUGUGGACAUGGUGGCACCUGCGUGGCGGGGAACCGGACGGACGCCAUCGGUCCGUACCGCUGCCUUUGUCCGCCGGCGUUCACCUUCACCGGGCGGGGUUGCACGCCUAACCAGCAGCUGCGCAGACCCAGCGCCAAACUGAAGCCGGCCAAGCUCUCCGACCGGCGACCUUCCCCACAGCACUACGGCCUUCCUCCCCGCUCCUUCCACAAACUCCUGAGAGCCGCCGAGGGGGACCUUCCCAAGGUCACCCUGAAGGAGGCGAUUCACGCGCCCCCCGCCGACAGCCUAGUCACUCGCAGUCAGAUCAUCUGUUUCGGGAUGCUGGGCCUGCUGACCUGCCUGGUGAUCCUGGGAACCACGGGUAUUAUUUUCUUCAACCGCUGCGAGGCGUGGCUGGCCAACGCCAAGUACAGCCAGCUGGUUCGUCUGCAGAGAGAACACCUGCUGGGGCCGGCGGCGAGGGGGGGGGGGCACUCGGUCAACGUCAUCCUCCCCGAGAAGAUCAAGCUCACCAGCUUUGGAAAACGCUACACGUCCAUCUGACACGACGGGAGGUUUUGAAUUGACAUCUGCGGAUGGUGGGAAGGACGUUUCGGUGGUGCAAGGACACCGACUAAAUGGAUAAAAGAAGUAACAGAUUUAUGGCAAGAAACCCGAAGUUCCCUCUGGGGAAAAGGGUGGUUCCGCUAAUGUGUUCCACGGAAUGUAGAACUGUUUGGAAGGAGGGCUGAGGACACAGUGUUUGGGAGGCUUUGACUAGACAGGAAUGAGAAGGAUAUCCCGGUUCAAUUUCAGGACAUCCACAAGUUGUCAUUUUAUCUAUUUAAAAUGUAAUUUAUCUUGUACUGUAAACAAGAGAAGCGAACAUUGGAAAAAGCAACACUCACAGCGAAGUAAACCCAUUUGUUAUCUAAUCAUAAUUAGUCGUGUAGUUAAUGUUAUCUGAAAUAAAAAAUACCAAAACAGAA